AUGGAGUCCCCUACACCCGUUUCUCGAUACAUCCCCCAGAAUUCCAAGAAAAGGGUAUUUCAGUGUGGGAGUUCUAGCGGGUGUCAAGAAGCGGAUGUGGUCGAAAUCCCGACGCCGAUUAAUCGAUCUUCCAAAGCCAAAUUAUUGAAGCAAAAAGAGGUCACAACAUUGGAAACUCUGAGGAUGACAAGAAGACAAGGCUUGGAUCUUUCAAGAAGAAGGCAAUUGAUGCCUCUUCAAUAUUCAAAAAAUCUAAGACCAGGAGGAGGAGAAGCAACAAAGUUAUGUCCAUUAUGUUGGAAGAUGAACAUGACCAGGAGGAAUUAA